AUGGAUAACAUACCUUAUUAUGCGAUCAAUAAUGUAUUUACAUUGUUGUUAAGAGGAACAGAUUAUAAUAAUAAUGACACUCCUAAUGCUAAAGAUAAUGAUGAUAGAGAGAGGGGAGCGUUGGAUGUAUUGUGUCUGGGACUCACAUCUAAACGUUUAUAUAGUAUAAUGUGUACAUUAUGUAAUAAUAUCAAUCAACCUCGAUCGGCACAGAUGAUCGUAGGUGAGAGCAUUGAACAACAUCGACAACAAUAUCAACAGCAACAGCAACAACAUCAUCAGGAACCACUGCAUCCUGACAUUGGACAGCUGCUACUCGCUCAGAACUUGCAUCAUCAGCAAUUGGAACAACAACAACAACAUCAACAACAGUGGGAGAAUGGAUUGCCUCCGGUCGAGCAGCAGGAUGCGCCACUCGAUCACGUGUAUGAUAUGCUGCGCCGCGUGAAGCUACAAGUGCAACUGCAACAGAGACAGCAGCGACAGAUUCAGAUACAGCAGCAAGUACUCAAUCAGGUGCUGAUGCAGGUGAAGCUGCAGCUGAAGCUAGAGUUGGUGUAUCGGCUUCAGCCUUCCCAGAUUGUGUAUCUGACCAAGACAGCGGGCGCAGAGAAUGAGUACGUCAAGCACGAUUCAUUGCCUCCAAACAUAUCAGCAUUAACAUUUGGACCGGGCUACGACCAACCGAUUGUGCCUGGCACCUUUGGAGAGUCGCCCUCAUUCAUAUCAUUGGAUUGUUCAUUGAGAUAUAAUCAACCGAUCGCGCCACACUCCUUGCCAACGUCGCUCACCUCAUUGACGAUGGGCGAGAUGUUCAACCUCCCACUCGAGCCAGACACGUUUCCAAACUCGUUGAUCACAUUGAAGUUUGGUUAUUACUACAACAAACCACUGCAGCCCUCUUGCCUUCCAUUAUCACUGCGUACACUGCGCUUUGGAACCAUGUUCAACUGUCCUAUCAUGCCCACAGACCUGCCGCAAACACUACAAUCACUCGAGUUGGGCUUCUAUUUCAACCAUCCUCUGCAACCCAAUGCCCUGCCUGACUCACUUACAUGGCUGAAGUUUGGAACAAUGUUCAAUCAACCAGUUGACGCGAUACUGCCCAUGGCACUCAAGACAUUGUCGAUGGGACCAUGCUUCAUGUACCCACUGACACUCAAACGACAGAUUGCCAUAACAUCACUUGAACUCACAUCGACUGUGCACUGCUCGAUCAAGAUUGAAUCAAUGCCACCUACACUCCAAUCUCUAAAGUUGCAUCCCGUCAGCGUUGAGACACUUCCAAUGUCGAUCACCGAGUUAACAUUGGGCGAGUUCUUUGACGGGCGCUUUGAAACGCUCAUCGGACAUUGUUUGCCAACAUCAUCAGUGACCUCACUAAAGUUUGGAGAUGUGUUCAAUCAGGAGAUACCAGCAGGCAGGCUACCAACGGCACUUAAACGAUUGAUAUUUGGCAACAACUUCAAUCAAGAGAUCGCGCAAGACUCUCUCCCAGAGACCCUGACUGAGCUGGAGUUUGGUCUAAAGUUCAACAAGCCAUUGAGCAACCUUCCACCCAGUCUCUGCAAGUUGACUUUGUCCACAUUCAACAGUAUGCAACCAAACACGUUGCCUCAAUCACUCAAACAACUGCUAGUCAUCCAACCAUUCACCGUGAGCGUCAGUGAUCCGGACAGUCCCAGCCAUCAUCCAAGAUACCUAAUCAAGAGUGGAGAAUCAAUUGUGGAACCAUUCAGUAACAGUUUGGACUGGUUCACCUUUGGUGUGCUGGUUGGCAACAGGUCAAGACAACAAGUGAUCAAACAGAUGUUGGUCGACUAUCCCAAUGUGACAAACUUUCGCGCCAACCUCUAUUCAGCCAACUCACUGCCGCCUCCAACAAUGCUAAUGAAUAUGGUCGUGUACAUACGUAGGACAGCACCCGAGUUCCGAGGGCAAUCAGAACACAACAGAUGCAGGAGAGCAUGGUGUCGAGUCACUGGAGCAACAGGUACAAGUUCAAAUAUCAAUCAUCUCCCAGAUAAUAUCAACUUUUAUUCAAUCGAUAUUCCUGAUGAUACCAAUAAUAAUGAUACCCAGUCAGUGACCAUU